CUCUCUUUUUCCCAGCAGACAAUUCACUGUCUAUCCGCUCGUUUGUUGAUUUCAAAACCGUUGAUUUCAGCAACCAAACACUCUUGUUUAUUGAUCUUCUUGCUUCACCUUCAUCUGGUGACUUUGAAUAAUCAUCCUUUUUGAUCGAACGAGCCAAUAUACCGGUCACCGCCGAUUGUGACAUUAUUCCGCCUCGAAACAGGACCGUUUAAUAUCCAGACCGAAGAUCAUCCGCGAAAUCAACAAUGCAUAUCUCCUUGAACACUCUUCUCCCCGUCGGCCUCUUGCUGGCUGCCGGAGCCAACGCUGCUCCCGCCCCUGUCACCAGCCAGGUCGCUCAGAAGGCGCACAACCACACCGGAAAGUCAUUCAAGAUUGACCGAGUUCACAACCCUCACCACAACCCCAACGGCAAGGCUGCGCUGCGCAAAGCCUAUCAGAAAUUCAGCAUUCCCAUUCCCAUUGGUCUCCUCUACAACCCCAAUGGCCAGUCUCACGUAGCUGGUCAGGGUGGCCAGGGAAGCGGCCACUACGGCAAUGUCACUGCUACGCCCGAGGCAAAUGACAUUGAGUACCUUGCUCCAGUGACGGUUGGUAGCACAGAGUUGAUGCUCAACUUUGACACUGGUUCUUCUGACCUCUGGGUCUUCAACACCAACCUCCCUGCUGCCCAGACCCGCGGUCACUCCGUCUACAACCCCAACAACAGCACCUAUGCUCCCGUCAAUGGCAGCACCUUCAAGCUGUCUUACGGUGACGGUAGCUCUGUGUCCGGAAAGGUCGGUACUGACACCGUCAAUGUUGGCGGCGCCACUGCUACGGGCCAGGCCGUCGAGCUUGCAACGCAGAUUAGCAACUCGUUUGUUGCCGAUGUUGACAGUGACGGUCUUUUGGGCUUGGCCUUUAGCCAAAUCAACUCUGUUACCCCCAACAAGCAAAAGACCUUCUUCGACAACGUUUCCGACGACCUCGACCAGCCCGUCUUCACUGCCAACCUCAAGCACAACACCGUCGGCAGCUACGAAUUCGGUACCAUUGACAACAGCCAGUUCAAGGACGAGCUGAGCUACGUCAAGGUCGACAGCUCCGAGGGCUACUGGCAGUUUGACCAGCCCUCUUUUACCAUCAACGGCAACCGCACCGUCACCAACUCCAAGGCUAUUGCCGACACCGGCACUUCGCUCCUUCUCGCCGACAACGCCCUCGUCUCGGCCUACUGGUCUGCCGUGCAGGGCGCGCACGAGGACGACGCCGAGGGAGGCUACGUCUUCCCCUGCAGCGCUUCUCUGCCCGACCUGACCCUCGAGCUCGGCGACUCGGGCUACGCCGCCAUUGUUCCCGGAAACUUGCUCUCGUACACCCAGGUGUCCAGCACCACGUGCUAUGGUGGUCUGCAGACCAUUGCGGGCGCUCCCUUCCAGGUCUUUGGCGACAUUUUGUUCAAGGCCCAGUUCGUCGCCUUCGACGUGUCUGACAACCAGCCCAAGCUGGGCUUCGCUUACCACUCUGACUCGUCCUAAAGCUGGAAUAAUGAGACGACCCCUUCGGUGAAAGCCUCUGCCAGCCUCGCCUUUCUCUCUUUUGUAGUAUCUCUCUCUUCUUUCGUGUAAAGUCGUUUCAUCCAGGAAUCUUUCGGCUUUUUUUUAAAGGGAAAGUAAGGGAAAGGAAAGGAAGAGAAGAUUGAGACUUGCAGGGCUAGGGCUCUUGUGCGCAAAGUGGCAUCUUUCUUUAAAAAAAGUAUCAAAAUCAUAGAGCGAGCAUAUCACGCAUUUUAGAUUUCACCAGAUCUUUAAUUCUACACUAAUAAUCUUUAUUUCGCUUCUUCAGCGUGAAUUGAUCCACGACAAUUUGAGAUAAUCAUUUUUCCGCAU